AUGAGCAGCGGCGUUGCUGCUUCGCUCCGGCGAGGUUUUCUUGCAAAUCAACAUCAUCGUUUACUUAUUGUAUCAGCAUGUUCUAUUCCUAAAAAUCAUCGAACAUUCUCUAUGCAAUAUAAAGAUACAGAAAAGCCUGCUCAUCCAUUCGAUUAUGUUAACAAGAAUUAUAACUUUUUUCGUCAUUAUUAUUUAGGUGGUCAUUAUACACUGGCAAAUAUUCAUGAUAAUUCAUUAUUUUUUCAUGUUGAAUCUAAUUUCGGUGUUCAGAGAUCGGAUCUUGUUAAGCGUUUAGCUAAUCAUAUUGGAUUUUUGCCUAUCACAAAACCGGAUGUUGAUCGAAUGCAUUUUGUCGAUGAAACAGGCACAAUAAAUACACGACAAUUUCAUAAUGAUUAUUGUUUACCAAGGGAUUAUAUACCAUCACCAGAAGAAUGGCACUUAAAUCCGAACCAUCACGCAUCUGUGCGAUUGUUAAGACCACUUUUACAAACAAUGACUUAUCAAUUACGAAUGGGCUUAUCUCAUUUGUUUUCAACUGGGCAAGGACUUCUUAUGGAUCGAUCAUAUUGGAGUUAUUAUGCUAUUCUCAAUAUUCUUCGUGAUUUUGGUUAUGUUAGUCAAGACGGAUAUGAUUUUUUAAUGGAAUAUAAAGUAUCUAUUGAUUAUCAUUUGAAAAUGCCUCGUCUUAUUAUCUUCAUCGACAAAGAUCCUCAUGCUAUUUGGGAAGAUUUACAAAAGAACGGAAAGGAUUAUCAUAAGCAAAGUAAAGUUUACUCGCUAGAAUUGCUUCAAGCAAUGGAUCGAAUGUAUAAAGAAGAAUUUUUACCAAGAAUGAGUACCUACUGUCACAUUCUUCAAUAUAAUGAAAAUGAAAUAAAAGCAUUGGAUGAUAUUGUUUUUGAUAUUGAACAACUUAAUUUUGACGAUACAAAUAAAUUUCCGGAUUGGCGAAUAACAGUUGAUGUUGAAUUAGAACGAUUUCGUGCUUUACUUCAAGAUGAACAUUUUUGGACACGUAUGUUUAAUGUCAAUCGUCUUCUUCAUCUUUCUGAAUGGUGGACUGAACCAAAUGCACAAAAAAGUCAAUCAACCCUUAUGAAAUAUGAUCCUCGAUAUUAUUGGACAACAAAUAAUUGGGAUAUAAAACCAUUCUUUCAACGUUAUCAAAGUUGGACUCGUUUACCAUUCUAUUAA